CCCGUCUGUCCAUGCCCCUACCGCUUCGUUGGACCCCGUAGGCCGGCUCUGCAAACGCCGGAGAAUCGGCUGCCCGGCGAUUGGAGUUCUAUUCUAAAAGGAGAGAUGAUGAGCUCAUCCUCAGCCAAUGGGAGAUCACCGCGGACAGCCACAACCGUGCAAGUUGCAGCCUACACCCGACUCCUCGGUCGUUGCAGCCUUCACCGAGCCGAGAUGGACACGGACUCGGAAGGCCCUGUCUGCCUCACCUCCGCUCUUACUAGCCUCUCGGGGCCAUCAGCUCUUCAAGGACGUGGAUGGUAACAGUCCCUUGAGAAUGGCCACUUCUUAAGCAGAGUGUCUUUAGGACACUUUUUUGGAAAUGGAUUCAGAGUCCUGUACCCGAGCUUUCUCCCAGGCCCGGGUAUAUCUUGAACAAAUUCGAAGCCGGGUUACACCAGGAAGUAUUGAGAUACAUGGUCCUGGGAAGCACGACUACCUGGUGGAUGCAGCUAAGCAGAUCCGCCUGGCUCUAGAGCGGGAUGUAAGCGAAGACUACGAAGAAGCCUUUAACCACUACAAGAAUGGUGUGGAUGUGCUGCUCAGCGGGGUGCAAGUGGAUCCAAACAAGGAGCGCCGUGAAGCUGUGAAGCGGAAGAUCACCAAAUAUUUAAAACGGGCAGAGGAGAUUUUCAACUGCCACCUACAACGGAAUCUGGGGAAUGGCAAUUCCACUGAAACGGGUUACAGCAGUCUUCGCUUUCGUCCUAUAAGGACACUCAGCACACCAGUGGAGAACCUUAAGCGCUGUAAAGUAGUGGGAAUAAUUGAUAAGGUGCAAAUAGUGCAGGAUCCUGCUACUGGCGGCACCUUCAUAUUGAAGAGCAUCCCCAAAUCCCAUGUGGAGACCCGAGAAAGACAGACUAUCAUCCCACAUGGAAUCCCCUUUAUGACCGAAUUAUUGUGCUAUUCUGUAAGUAAGGACUCCAUCUUCCUCCACUUGGAACAUGUGAAAGGAGGAAACCUCUGGUUAUAUCUUCAUUCGCAGUAUGGUUCUGCUUCUGUCCGCUCUCCCUUGUUGAGUCCCAAGCUCACUUUGGAUUUUGGGUAUAACGAGGAGGAGCACAUAGGAAAGCUUCAAGAAACUGGUUCUCAGCAGAGCUGCAAUAUCUAUCCUGAAAACAAUAAUGACCCAAUUCCUAUAUUUGUAAAUCGUCCCCUGUUGAAAAAAAUGGAUUAUCUGUUGUCUACGAAGCAGACAUCCAAUUACCUUUCUGCUAGAACCUUGAGUGACCACAGGUGGUAUAAUGAAAAGGCAGGUGGACCAUGGAAGAAGAAUCUAAGCACAACACACCCCCUUCCUGGUGCUACAGAAUCUACAUUCAAAACAGUACCUCAGGAACAUAACCACUCAAUCAGCCAGAGACUGACUUUUAGGUCCUGUGAUUCCUUUACGACAAUUGAUGGCAUCAGAAGUAUAACUGAGAAAGAGGCUCCUCAGCCAGAACCAAAACUGCAAACAGAUGUUAGUUGCUCUGCCUUGGAAGCAACGAGAGGUUACAACAUAUCAAAGACAGAAACUCCAUGGCAAAAACAGUUGUAUCCUGGAACUCUUGAGGAGGACCAUGGGGAAAAGAUAGAAAUGAGAGAAGAAGAGACGUUUGUGCAGAGAGCACUGAUCCUUGAUCACAAACAUCUCAAAACCCAAUCAACAGUAGGGUGGCAUGGCUCUUCAGUGGAACCAGUUGUCCAAAACCAUAACCCAGUCAGCUGGAACAUAAAUGAGGAGCAGAUCCAAGUUUGGGCAGCAGAAUUGAUUUUGGCUCUGGAGGGUCUCCACCAACAGGGAAUCCUGUGCCAGGAUCUCAACCCACGAAAUCUGCUAUUAGAUGAUACUGGUCACCUCCGUCUCACGUACUUUGGCCAGUGGAGUGAGGUUGAGCCGCAGUGUAGCAGCCAAGCAGUAGAUGAUUUGUAUUGUGCUCCAGAGGUGGGUGGAAUUUCUGAACUGACAGAAGCCUGUGAUUGGUGGAGUUUUGGGGCACUGCUUUACGAGUUAUUGAAUGGAGUGUCUUUAUCGCAGAACCACCCCUCAGGGAUUCAUCCGCACACCCAGAUCCAUCUUCCAGAAAAGCUCAGCCGGUCUGCUUCGUCGCUGCUUUCAGAGCUGCUGCAGUACGAUCCUAAGCAACGCUUGGGCUCUGGUGAAAAUGGUGCAAGCAGGAUUAAGUCUCACAUUUUUUUCAGUUCGAUCCAGUGGAAUAAGAUGGUUGCAAACUAAGUUCUAAAUGCAAGGGAUGGUGGUAGAACUAUUCUUGGUAGAAAACCAAUUUGAGCAGCUUAUCUGUUGAAUUGUGCUCCAGACAGAUGAGCCCCAUCCUUUCAAAAGCACUUGUUCCUGUAUGAUGCACUGAGCCUUAUGAACCUGAGACACGUGGGCACUGCCGUUACUUGAGGAAGAAUCUACAGAACUGGGCUGUGGCCUGUGUGCUCAGACUUCUGCUCCUGUUCUGCUUCCUAACUGUGUGCCACCAGCAGCUUCACAAAAAUCCUAGCCAUCCUGAGUUCCCUGUAAGGCAGUGAUGACCAACAUGGAGCCCUAAAGAUGUCCAAUGGUAACACAAUAGGAGUUGAAGUCAAACACCGUGCCCUUGCUGCAAGUUCUGGCACUUAAAGAUCAAAUCUGGUGUGCCUUCACAACAGUGUUAAGUCGGGCCUUAUUUGCUUGCCCUACUUGAUAUUUUGCAAACCAAAUAUGACCAGGAGGAGAUAGAUUUACAUUGUAUUAGUUUGUUCUCAUAUCUCAUGUUUAUCUCGGCUUUCCAGUUGGUUCUCUAACCUUUCCUUGUAUGUAUUUGCCCUAUAAAAUUCUCACAUUUGUCACCCCAUUAUUUUUUAUUUGAAGCACAUUACAACUUUUGCAGGUUGGUGGUGCAUUUCUGUAAAUGUACCACUAGAUGGACAUUUUCAGUAACCUUUAUGUACCACAGCUUGCAUGUCCCCUUCAGAAGAUAACUUCUUUGUAGAACUGAGACCUUUUACCUAGCAAGGAAGUGAGCAAAAUACCACCCUUUAGACUCCUAUCUGUGGAUCAUCCACUGUCUUGUUUCUAACUACUGUAACAUCAAUAAAACAACUGGAGCACAAGGACUUUUGUGAAUCUCUAGAAAUGUUGCCAUCUGCCACAAACAAGGUUUUCAAGCAAAGGCCUAGAUUGGACAGUACCAGAAGAGCCACACUAACGCUACAGGUCUAGCAGUGCUCUUUGUCCAGAGAAUGGCUGGCUGGCUAGAAAUGGCACAUGUAUUAAGGUGGGACCCAGCUGCAGA